AUGUCUCAGAACGUCAUCAAGCGGAAGAUCGUCAUUGUGGGAGACGGUGCUUGCGGUAAGACAUCGCUAUUGUACGUCUUUACCCUCGGGGAAUUCCCAACAGAGUAUCACCCAACGGUGUUUGAAAAUUACGCAACAGAUUGCAGAGUGGAUGGAAAACCAGUACGCUUGGCCUUGUGGGAUACUGCAGGCCAGGAGGAAUAUGAGCGGCUUCGACCAUUGUCAUAUUCCAAAGCCCACAUCAUUCUGAUUGGAUUUGCGUUGAACGCUCCCGACUCUCUAGAUAACGCAGGCAUGAAAUGGGCUCAGGAAGUGAAAACUUACUGUCCGAACGCACCUCUCAUACUGGUCGGGCUGAAAAAGGACCUCAGGCCCGAAGAUGAUGGCACAGACGAAUACUAUGACCAGAAAUACGUCCGAAAAGAAAAGGCCGAACAGGUGGCUCGUCUCAUCGGCGCCCGAAAAUAUGUCGAGUGUUCCUCGUUGACAGGGGAGGCUGUGGAUGACGUUUUCGAGAUUGCCACCCGUGCCAGUCUCUUGCUCAAAGAGUCUUCAGCCUCGGGCUGCUCCCUGCCCACGGUCUAUGCACUGUCGAGUUACCCCGCAAGAUCGGCCAUAGCCGUUGUCCGCAUCACCGGCCCGUCCUCGGCAUCGAUAUAUCGAGCUUUAACUGCCAGAGAGCAGCUCAAACCACGAAUAGCCACCCUCGCCAAGCUCUACCACCCUAAAACCGGAGUCAUUCUAGAUGAGGCCAUAGCUCUGUAUUUUAAAGGCCCAAACUCGUAUACCGGGGAAGAUAUGCUCGAGCUUCAUCUCCAUGGUGGUACCGCAGUGAUCAAGUGCGUAAUGGAAAGCCUGGAACUUUUGCACACUCCUGCAAACCCUAUAAGGCCAGCGGAGCCUGGUGAUUUCUCUAGAAAAGCGUUCCAGAAUGGCAAAAUAGAUCUUACACAGGCCGAGGGCAUCAAUGAUCUGAUCCACGCAGAAACUGAACGACAGAGAGUUUUGUCUCUGACCUCCAUGAAGGGAGAAACCAAAGAACUGUUCCACCACUGGCGAGAGCAAAUUUUGAAUACAUACGCCCUCAUCACGACAUUAAUAGAUUUUGGUGAAGAGCAUGACAUUGAAGAAAUCGGCCAAUUGUUCGAGCGAGCAGAGUCGGAUAUCAAAAAACUGGAAACGGACGUGAGAGGGUACCUAGAAAGAGUCCAGCGAUCACAGUCACUAAUGGAAGGGUUUAAGAUAACGCUUUCAGGCCCGCCCAAUGCUGGAAAAUCGUCUCUUUUGAAUAUUAUCGCUAAUGAAGACAGGGCCAUUGUGAGCGAGGUAGAAGGCACAACAAGAGACUCGAUCGAAGUUCCCUUAGACAUCAAUGGGUACAAAGUCGUGAUUGGGGAUACGGCGGGAAUUAGAGACGCUGAAAACCAAAUUGAACGAGAAGGGAUCAGAAGAGCGAAGAUGAAGACCUCAGAAGCAGAUUUAAACUUGGUUCUUCUCCCGUGCACCCUUCGUGAGUUGGGAGAGGAAAUGAAGGACCACAUUCGCUCAUGUGAUAAAGAGAAACUGGUGAUAAUUCUGAACAAAAGUGAUCUGGUCACCCCUGACCAGGUCAGAAGCUUGGUAGUGCAAUUGGAAAAAGAGUUCGAGCCUAAGGAAAUAAAAGUCAUUAGUUGUCGCAACAAAGAUGGUAUACAGGAUCUUUUGAAUGCGAUAACUCAAACUCUUGAUAGUUGGACCCAAGAUGAGCCAAUAUUUGUGUCUAGCAGAGUUCAAAACAUUAUUCAGCACGAUCUGCUAUUUGGUUUUGAGGAAUUUUACAUGCAUUCUAAAACCAACGACGUGGUCCUUGCUGCUGAGGCGCUCAAGAUUAGUAUGGAUGGUAUUGGAAAGAUCACAGGAGAGGCCAUCGGAGUGGAAGAGAUUUUGGGAUCGGUAUUUGAAAAUUUCUGCAUUGGUAAAUAG